AUGCUCGAGUCCUUCUCUUGUCAGUCCUGUAUGGCUCCACUACAGCCUGAUGAUGGGCAUGACCUGUGUCCCGCCUGCCUAGGGGAGGAACAUCUGCAGGAGGCCCUCACCGAGGAUGCAUGUUCUAAAUGCAGUAUUUUGCCCCGGUCUGUGCGUUUGGCCCGUUUGGCUGCAUUUCGGGAGCCCUCUUCUUGGAUGUCUGCGGGACCUUCAGACCUUUUACCGGCUGGCCAGCCUGUUAAUAACAAGAGGCAUUCUACUGGGGAGGAAUGUGUUCCCCGUAAGAAGCCCAAGAAGGGAGUUCCGGGGACGCUGUCUGCUAAGGUGGAUACAUUGACAUCUGAAUUAGCCCAGAUGCGGGCUUUAAUUCAGAACCUUCAGGCGGAUGCCAACCGUGUGGUUCCUCCCCACCAACAGCAGGAUGUGGCCUCUGUAUGUGAUGAUGCCAUGUCUGUGGCGGCCUCUGACACCCAUUUUCAAAUGGGAUGUGAUGACCUGAGUUCUAAAGUCUCGGACUCGGGGUCCCUACGCUCUACCUGUUCUCAGGCUGAGAGCGAUGAGUCUGUCACUGUAGCAAUACGCACAGCUCUUGGCCGUUUAAAAUUGGAUGUGCCAUUGACUGAAACGGCUCCCUCUAGUGCCUUCUUUCGCCGGCAGGCUACUGCUUCUCACUUUGCGGUUCCUCCAUCAACAGAAUAUGUGAAGGAACUUCAUGCCUGUUGGACGGAUACCAAGGCAUUUUCGAGGCCUACUUCAGAUGGUCGAGCAUUGGCAGCAAUGCGGGACCCUCACGUGUUUGGUUUGGGACACAUGCCGGCAGUGGAGCCGGCCGUCGCCUCACUUAUUGUUCCCCCUGAAGAGACACUGCGGACGAAUGCCCGGUGUCCGCGACCGCAAUGCCGUGUUACAGACGAUCUGCUCUGUAAAGCGUAUGAUAUGGGAGCCCGCAUGGGUCGAAUUGGGAAUUCUCUGUCCCAUCUGCUGCUUGGCCUGUCUGUUUCAUUGGAGGCUCUGCCAGUGGACCAACCUACGCAAGGACUACUUGAUGCAUCCUUGCAAGCUUUCGCCCUCAUGUCUCGGGAACUUGGGCGUCUAUUGUCAACAUUGGUUCAAGCCCGGCGUCAGGUCUGGUUGGCACAAUCCCCUCUCUCGGAAGCCAGUCGGCGGACAUUGCGGAGUGUUCCAGUUGUCCCUGGAGAGUUGUUUGGCUCCGCUGCCCUGGAAGCCUUGGAACGUACAGCCCAGGCUACUCGCACGAGACAGCAGUUGGCGGGGCUUCACAGACGAGCCCCUCAUCGGACGACCCCGGCUGCCCCUCCUCCUUCUUCUCGAAGCCCAGGCGCCGCCCCCCCAAGCCCUCCAAGGGCCAGGGGUCAACCAGGUGAAGCUGUGGUACCGGCGGUGGGACAUUUUACCAGGGAACAACUCGAAUACUGGGCCACCCACAGCCCGGAUACUUGGGUGGUGGCCACUUUGUCCCGGGGUUAUCAACUACAGUUCCGCCGCCGGCCGCCUGUUCCCGGUCAAGUCAAGAUGACUAUUAUCGGGGACACAGUAAAGGCACAUACAUUGGCUCAAGAAAUACGUACCUUGCUGGACAAGGGUGCGAUAGUUCCUGUGGACCCCCUGCUGGAUCCGGGGGGGGUUUAUUCUCGUUAUUUUCUGGUACCAAAGAAGACAGGCGAUCUGCGUCCAGUCUUGGACCUCCGGGGUCUGAACAUGUUUUUGAAAGUCCUCCCAUUCAAGAUGUUGGGAGUCAAGCAGGUCCUUCAGGCAAUCCUUCCCGGGGAUUGGUUCACUUCCAUAGACCUGAAAGAUGCCUAUUUUCAUGUCCCCAUUGCUCCUCACCAUUGGAGGUUUCUUCGCUUUGCUUUUCGAGGGGAGCACUUCCAAUUCAAGGUCCUUCCAUUCGGCCUAUCUCUAUCCCCUCGUGUGUUCACGAGGUGUGUUUCCGCUGCCCUGUCUCCCUUGCAGGUCCAGGGGUUAAGAAUUCUGCCCUAUCUGGACGAUUGGCUCAUCUGUGCUCCCACCCGCAAUCAGGUCCUUCGGGAUACACAGACGGUGCUCAGGCACGUGAGCAGAUUGGGUCUACGAGUGAACGUGGCAAAGAGUUGUUUGGUACCAUCGCAAGUGACCACUUUUCUCGGGAUGGUUCUCGACUCCCGGGCAAUGACAGCACGUCCCUCACCGAAGCGCAUAAGGGACAUUCUGGACAUGCUCCCGGAGUUCCAGUGCGGGAUGUCCCUCCCGUACAUAAAGUUCCUCAGCCUUCUUGGCAAACUGACAGCUGCCUCGGCUGUGGUUCCUCUAGGGCUCCUGUCCUUGCGCCCACUUCAGAUGUGGCUCAAUGGCCUGCACUUGGACCCCGCCUGUCAUGCCCACAGAAGGCGACGUCUACUUGUCACCUCUCAGUGCAUGGCAUCCCUGUCUCAGUGGAGCGAGGCGUUCAUGUUGCGAGGCGUUCCUCUGGGUCCCCUUCCAUCCAGGAGGGAGGUUGUAAACACAGAUGCGUCCCUAGUGGGUUGGGGUGCAACGUGGCAGGGACGGACAGCACAGGGGUUGUGGUCUGUACGCCUGAGCAGGCUUCAUAUCAACAGUCUGGAGUUCAUGGCCGUCUGGUUUGCUCUACAUCAUUUUCUCCCAUACCUGCGAGGACGACAUGUGGUAGUGCGGUGCGACAACACCAGUGUGGUUUUUCACCUAAACCACGAGGGAGGCACCCGGUCAGAGAGCUUGCUGAGGAUGGCGCAACUCCUCCUGACAUGGGCUGCGCCGCGUUUUGCCAGUCUGAGAGCUGUGCACAUUCCGGGGGUUCGGAACACAGCGGCAGACUUCCUGUCUCGGCAGGGGCCAUUGCCAGGAGAAUGGAGGCUUCACCCAGAGGUGGUGGAACACAUUUGGGAGAUGUUCGGCAGGGCGAAUGUGGACCUAUUUGCCUCCCAGGAGACGACGCACUGCCCCCUUUGGUUUUCAUGGACGGAGUGUGCCAGCCCUCUGGGUCAGGAUGCACUGGCUCACGACUGGCCCAGAACCCUUCUUUAUGCGUUCCCACCGUUUCCUCUGAUUUUUCAAACACUGCUCCGGGUCCUUCAGGAAGGCCACAGUCUUCUCCUGGUGGCUCCAUUCUGGCCAGCGAGGCCCUGGUUUCCUCUGCUGCUCAGGCUUUGCAGCGGCCCUGCACAACGUCUUCCCUCCAGGAGGGAUCUCCUGUCGCAACUGGGGGGUCAGAUUCUGCAUCCCGACCCCGGUCGCCUGAAACUCUGGGUGUGGCCCCUACAAGGCCCGGCUUAGCCUUCUCAGGAUAUGCCGGAGCAGUAGGGGACACAAUGACCAAUGCACGUGCCCCAUCUACACGCAGGUUGUAUUCUUGCAAGUGGAGGCUCUUUGACACAUGGUGUCGUGACAGGGGGCAGGACCCGGUUCACUGCCCCAUUUCCAUGGUUCUUACCUUCCUGCAGGGGUUA